AGUUUUGUAUAGUUUCUUAAACCGUAAACACCGGACUCAAUAUUGUAACAUCGUUAUAUUCUUGUUGGAUCGUUUAAUAAAUUGUUAACUUUAUACCGACUUGAAUCUUCAUUUGAUACCCAGCAAAUAGUCUGGCUAUACAGACCUUGGAAUGAUUUUCCGAAACUUGAUUACAUAGGACUGGUGUUUGUUUAUAUAUUGUUUCGUCAUUUGAAAAUAUUUGAAAGCUUGAAAGUACAAAAGUAACCUUAGAACAUACAACAAAUAGUUAUAUUAAUCAAUUGAAAAGAUUUACUACAAGACAAAGUUGGAAAAAUAAAAAUGAAAUAUAAAGGAUGCGUUGUAAAAUUGAUACUACUGAUAUCUUUUUUCGAAGGAAGUAACUCGGUAUCAUAUACAGAUUUUGACGCAUUUUUCAAAAAUAUUACCAGCGGUAAAAACAUAAAUUUGCGGCCAGUCCUUGACCAUAAAUCAAAAGUCGAUGUACAUAUGUUUUUUCAUUUAACAUAUAUCCAGGAAUUUGAUGAAGUUGAAGGAAAACUAAGUUUAAGUGGAUACUUUAAUAUAAGUUGGAUUGAUCAGACUUUAACAUGGAACAGCACAGAAAACGGAAUCGAACAAUUUACUCUCGAAGAGCACAUAAUUUGGAAACCAUCUUUUAUUAUUGGAAAUUCAUAUGACGGUGUAACAGAAAAGAACCAAGAUCACAGUGUAAUGAGAGUACAAAGUAAUGGUGUUGUCACGUGGACCCCUGGAGAUAACUAUAACAUUGUCUGUAAUGCAGAUGUUUCGAGGUAUCCAUUCGAUACGCAGAGCUGCAGUCUUCUGAUAUUACCAUGGGGAUAUACAUUUGGGGAAAUAAAUGUCAUACCGACUUACGAUUAUGUUGUGCAGUGGUGGUUCACUGAACAACAUACAUGGGAAUUAAUUGAAACAAGUGUUGUAAAGGGAGAGAACCUACCAAUGCUAGAAUUUUCAAUGAAGCUAAAACGCUAUCCCAUGUUUUACGUUCUUAAUCUUAUUCUCCCAAUUUGUUUGAUGAUUGUUAUAAACAUUUUUGUGUUUUUACUUCCACCAGAAAGCGGAGAAAGAGUUGGAUAUGCUGUAACUGUUCUCUUGGCAAUCGCAGUCUUUUUGACUAUUUCAUCUGAAAAUCUUCCCGCAACUUCAAGUCCACGAAUUUCUUCAAUAUCUAUUCUUUUAUUUGCCGAUGUUUGCAUUAGUGCUUUUACUGUAUUGAUUGUUAUUUUAAGCUUACGAUAUUAUCAUCGGAAGGAUGAAUACCCAGUAACUAAGUUUAUGCGGGGAUUUGUAAAUAUUUCUAGAAAAGUACGCUGUGAAGUGUGCUGUUUUAGGAAAAAAAACGAAAAGUAUUAUAGUGAAAAGGAAAACGAAGAGCAAAUUAAAUGGACCGAUGUCGGAAAGGAGUUUGACAUUGUAUGCGGUAUAUUCAUUACUGUUGUAGUUUUUAUUGUCCAUGCUUUGUAUAUCAUAGAUGUCGCAGUGUGAUAACUGGGUUUACAUUAAUGAUAUAAUUUGUUGCAUAUUGUGAAUUCAAGGUUUCUUCCAAAAAGGAUCCAAACUACAAGGACUGAUGUGAAGGAAAUG